CAAUCUUUCGGUAUCCAGAAGCCACAUUGGAUUUUGACUAAUCCAGAAUCAAGUUACAUCGGACCUCAUAAGGUGAGAAGCUCUCCCAAUGCCUAUUUCUCCAUUCACAAGACUCGAACUCAAGACCUUGCUUAAGGGGGAAUCGAGCAGCCAACGGAUUUUUCAUACUGGAUAAUUUUGUUCAUUUUACCUCAUCUUGGAACCUACAUUUUAUGGCUUUUGGAAAGUACCUUAUGUGUCCCAACUUUCUUUUUCCAGGUCCACCUGUCUGCUUUUCUGUUUGCUGGAUCAAUUUAAUACGUUUUAAGUUAAUUAACAUUUUUUACUAUUAUUCCACUUCUCUUAGUUGCUUUUCUCUUUAAAUUGGUUUACUCUUCGGCACUGUGUAUCAGACGUAGAAUCAUCUAGAAACUCGGUUCUCGCCUUAUGAUGGAACCAUAGUCUACUGGUUGAGUCUAUAUAUUUCUAGGUUGGAAUUUGAUUAACUGGAAAAUUAUAGAUCUGGGGACACAUGAAGGUACAUGCAAAACUCUGAUGUUUCAUCCUUUUGGAUGGUUAAUGAAGGGACUUCAUAGUGACACUUCGAGCCCAAUUGACUCCGUCAGUCCAAAACUCUCUUCUUUUAGACAUUGCUUGAAAUUAGUCAGUCCAAAACUUGUUUUGUUAGUUUAUCUGGGGACACAUGAAGGUACAUGCAAAAUACCGCAAGGAACAGACUAGUUGUCAUCUGAUUCUGUAAAUGUCAUUUCUAUUCUUGCUGAUCCACUGUAUGUAUGAACUGUUAGGUCGCGAAGCAAAUCCAACCUGCAAGUUAUUAGCAACAAAUCAUGAACUGCCACCACCCAGUUGUGGGGACCUCAGACUGGCCAAGUUCUUGGAUUGCCACAUGAUGUUUUCUGUGCUACUGGUUUCUUUCUUGUUCACUCAUUUGUUCUCAAGUAUUUUCUGCUACCAUCAUUAUCUUGGCAUCCAUGAAAUCUUGUUGUAUCUCUUCUAAAUUUGUGACUGUUCUCUGUUCUCUCUGUAGUAAACAUCUUUCUAUGGUUCAUCACAGUGCAACGUAUCCAGGUUAUCGAGCUUCAUCGUCAUUGCUCAUUGGGACGUGGGGCAGCCCCUAAGGUACCCGUUCAACCGUGGGAAGCAUGAUCUGCUAACACAGAUGGGUAGGUAUUUGUGGCAGGGGUACGUAUGUGCUAGAGGACAACAGUAUUAAGGCUUGAGGAGCAUUAUUUUGGUUAGGAUAGAACGGCAUCUCUUGUGCUUUAUUUGACUGAUACCUUGACUCAUCCAUAAAUUUCACUCCCUAAU